CCUCUCAUCAUUCACAAAAUAUUUUCCAUACUUUCCUCCAUAACAUUCUUUGUCACAAUUCUUUUACAAUAGAAAUUUUUUAAAACCAUACCAUAUUAUAACAAUAUAUAAUAUCAUGUCUAUCCAAAAGAUUAUUCUUCUCAUUAUUCUUUUUGUUCUAUCAAUUUCAACUUGUAGAAGUAAUAAUCUUGAAGAAUUUGGCCAUGACUGUCAAGCUUACCCUUCUUAUUUGGAAUCAUUUAUUGAAGGAAAUAAUAUUCAAAAUGAAAUAAGUCAUUAUUUCAAUAAUAUUAAGAUGGUUGAAAAUAAGGUUAAAUUGAUUGAUGUUAGUAGCUUUGGAGCUAAGGGUGAUGGAAAUACAGAUGAUACUAAGGCAUUUAAGCAAGCAUGGCAAGAUGCAUGUUCAUCUAACACACCUGUGAACUUUGUGGUUCAACAAAACAAGAAUUAUCUUCUCAAAAAUAUCCAUUUUUUAGGUCCAUGCAAAUCUUUCAUUUCAAUGCAGAUUUUUGGAACCUUAGAAGCAUCUGAUAAUAUGUCAGACUACAACAAUGAUAGAAGGCAUUGGAUUCUUUUUGAAAAUGUUGAAAAUUUAGUUGUUGGAGGAGGGGGAACUAUCAAUGGAAAUGGAAAUAUAUGGUGGCAAAAUUCUUGCAAAAUCAACAAAAAUCUGCCAUGCAAGGAUACACCCACGGCCUUAACUUUCUACAAUUGCAACAAGUUGAAAGUGAAGAACCUCAAGAUUAAAAAUGCACAACAAAUUCAUGUAUCAUUUGAGACAUGCACUAAUGUUGAAGCUUCAAAUUUGAUGAUCAAUUCUCCAGAAAAUAGCCCAAAUACUGAUGGAAUCCAUGUAGCAAAUACUCAUAAUAUUCAAAUAUCUAGCGCUACUAUUGGAACAGGUGAUGAUUGUAUUUCAAUUACUAGUGGAUCCCAAAAGGUGCAUGCCACAGAUAUUACUUGUGGUCCAGGUCAUGGUAUAAGUAUUGGAAGCUUAGGAUCUGGAAAUUCAGAAGCUCAUGUGUCUGAUAUUAAUGUAUAUGGAGCCAAAUUUUAUGGUACCACAAAUGGACUUAGGAUCAAGACUUGGCAGGGAGGAUCUGGAAGUGCUAGCAACAUUAAAUUUCAGCAUAUUGAUAUGGAAGGAGUGGAGAAUCCCAUAAUUAUAGACCAAAAUUAUUGUGAUCAAAAUGAUCCAUGUAAAGAUCAGAAUUCAGCAGUUAAAGUGAAAAAUGUGGUGUAUCAAAACAUCAAAGGCACAAGUGCAACAGAUGUGGCAAUUAAAUUUGAUUGUAGCAAGAAUUUUCCAUGUGAAGGAAUUACAAUGGAGAAUGUAAAUUUGGUAGGGGAAAAUGGAACUUCAAAGGCUAUUUGCAAAAAUGUCCAAUUCAGUUAUACUCAACAUGUUUCACCAUAUUGUCCUGCAGAAGAAAGUUUUCAAGAUUGGCUUUUGAAUUAUAUUAAUUCUUAAAUAGGGUAUAUUGAUAUUGGUAUUAAAUAAAAAAAUAAUAUUCUCUUAGGGGAUUUGUAUACUAGGUGUAUAUUUACAUAAUAAUACAAUAGAAUAAAUAAAGGAUAUUGUAUGUAGGAGUUUUAAUAUGAUCAUAGUAUUCUUUGUACAUGCAAAAUAAUCUAUGGUUGUAUAUAUAAUAAAUAAUAUCCUUUUGAUA